AACAUCAGCACGGGGGUGACUGAAACCAGACCGUGGAACCGAGGAGGAGAAACCCCCCUUUACCUCCCUUUACCUCCCUAUGAUCCGCCCCUCCUCUGCGGCUCUCCGCUCGCUGCAGUCCGGCUGAAACAUCCCCCUACGCGCCGGUCCUCUGGAGCCUCCCACCCUGCACACGGUGCGAUGCAACACGGGCUUAAUGCUUCCAAGCAGUCCCGCUGCUGCAGUGUGUUUUAACACACACGGAUACACAUCUGGGGCCUUGUGUGCGUUUGUUUUUGUGGCAGUGCACGUCUGAGAAAUGCUGCCCUGUCUAUCUGUUGCUGCUGCUCAUGUGUUUGGGAUAUCUGCAGCAUUUCCGACAAGUGUAAGGGGAGUACGAGACGCUAACUCUGAGGAAAACAGGUUUUAAAUGUGGAUUUCUCUCCGUUUUAUUCCCCUGGAAGGAUUUCUGCCUGGAGGACCACCGGUCUAAACAGUAACUCUGAUUUAAAGGGGGCACAUUUGGAUUUGUCUGCGUGUUAUUCCACUGGAAGGAUUUGUGCCAGGAGGAGCACCGGUCAAAACGCUUACUGACGAUAACAUGUUUGUAAAUUUGGAUUUGUCUGCGUAAUACUCCACAGGAAGGCUUUCUGCCACCGGUUGUAGUGUUUUUCUGGAUAACCUGGGUGUGUUUUCACUGUAAACAAGUUGUAGCACAAGUGUUUGGGAGACCCCUGCCAUGGUGAUCUUCAACGGGCAGCUGAAGAUCAGGAUCCGGGAGGCUCUGGACCUGAAACCCACGGCCUGGUCCCUGCGUCACGCCGUCGGCCCCAAGACCCAGAGCUUCCUCCUGGACACGUACAUCGCUCUGAACGUGGAUGAUUCCCGGGUGGGUCAGACCUCCACCAAGCAGAAGACCAACAGCCCGGCCUGGAACCAUGAGUUCUGCACGGAGGUGCACGAGGGCCGGCGGCUCGAGCUGUCCGUGUUCCACGACGCGCCGAUCGGCUGCGACGACUUCGUGGCGAACUGCAUCAUCCAGUUUGAAGACAUCCUGCACAGCGGGAGCAAGCACUUCGAGAACUGGGUGGACCUGGAGCCGGAGGGCAAGGUGUAUGUUGUUAUCGACCUGUCGGGAUCUUCCAGUGAAGCUCCGGCGGGCUCCACUGAGAAUGAGGAGCGGGUGUUCAGGCAGAGGAUGGGUCCCAGGACGCAGGGGGCCGUCAGGAGGAGGGUCCAUCAGGUCAACGGACAUAAGUUCAUGGCAACUUACCUGAGGCAGCCCACCUACUGCUCCCACUGCAGGGACUUCAUCUGGGGCGUCUUAGGGAAACAGGGCUACCAGUGUCAAGUGUGCACCUGUGUGGUCCACAAGCGCUGCCAUGAGCUCAUCAUCACUAAGUGUGCGGGGAUGAAGAAGCAGGAGGACACCGUGGAGGAGCCCGUUGGUUCUCAGAGGUUCAGCGUCAACGUACCUCACAAGUUCAGGAUCCACAACUUCAAAGUGCUGACGUUCUGCGACCACUGCGGCUCUCUGCUCUGGGGUCUGCUGCGGCAGGGGCUCCAGUGCAAAGUGUGUAAAGUGAACGUCCACAGGCGCUGUGAGAGUAACGUGGCUCCUAACUGCGGCGUCGACGCCAGAGGAAUCGCUAAAGUCCUCUCUGACCUCGGAGUCACUCCGGACAAAAUCUCCAACAGCGCGCAGAGACGGAAAAAGCUGCUGCAGGGUCAGGACUCCCAGACGCCGAUAUCAGGGACGACGAAGACCGAAGACGAUCGCUCCAGGUCGGCCCCAACCUCCCCAUGUGACCCGGACGCGAAGGAGCUGGAGAACAUCCGGAAGGCUCUGUCCUUCGACCACCGGGGGGAGGAGCACAAGAAACACACCCUCUCCUCCCCCAAAUCUGUGGACACGGUGACGGAGGGGAGUCGUGCAGGAGGAGGAGGAGGAGGAGGAGUUGAUGGAGAACGGGAGAAUGGAGACGUCAAAAGUCACAUCGUUCUGGAAAUGAAGCGGAUGAAUCUGCACGACUUCCUGUUCAUCAAAGUCCUCGGGAAAGGGAGCUUUGGGAAGGUGAUGCUGGCCGAGCUGAAAGGCAGCGACGAGGUCUACGCCGUGAAGGUCCUGAAGAAGGACGUGAUCCUGCAGGACGACGACGUGGACUGCACCCUGACGGAGAAACGCAUCCUGGCGCUCGCUAGGAAACACCCGUACCUGACCCAGCUGUUCUGCUGCUUCCAGACCAAGGACCGCUUGUUCUUCGUGAUGGAGUACGUGAACGGAGGCGACCUGAUGUUUCAGAUCCAGCGAUCGAGGAAGUUCGACGAGGCCAGAUCUCGUUUCUACGCCGCUGAGGUCACGUCCGCUCUGAUGUUCCUGCACCAGCACGGAGUCAUCUACAGAGACCUGAAGCUAGACAACAUACUGCUGGACGCUGAGGGUCACUGUAAGCUGGCCGACUUUGGUAUGUGUAAGGAGGGAAUCCUGGACGGAGUCACCACCACAACCUUCUGCGGGACGCCAGAUUACAUCGCGCCCGAGAUCCUACAGGAGCUGGACUACGGGCCGUCGGUGGACUGGUGGGCUCUGGGGGUGCUGAUGUACGAGAUGAUGGCGGGCCAGCCUCCGUUUGAAGCCGAUAACGAGGACGACCUGUUCGAGUCCAUCCUCCAUGACGACGUCCUCUACCCCGUGUGGCUCAGCAAGGAAGCAGUGUCCAUCCUCAAAGCGUUCAUGACGAAGAGUCCUAACAAGCGUCUGGGCUGCGUGCCGGCUCAGGGUCUGGAGGAGGCCAUCAAGCUCCACGUGUUCUUCAAAGAGAUCGACUGGACGCUGCUGGAGCAGAGGAAGAUCAGACCUCCGUUCAAGCCUCGCAUCAAAACCAAAAGGGAUGUGAAUAACUUUGACCAGGACUUUACUCGAGAGGAGCCCAACCUGACGCCGACGGAGGAAAACAUCAUCAAGCAGAUCAACCAAGAUGAGUUCAAAGGAUUCUCCUACUUUGGAGACAAGACUGUGGACUAAACACACACACACACACACACACACACACACACACACACACACACACACACACACACACACACACACACACACACACACACACACACACACACUUAACAAACAUACACACAGCAUCUAUACAAAUCUUCAAGCAAAGAUAUAAUAUUUAAUGAAACACAGCCUCCUGAACUUUUCCAGAUUAUGAAGUCUCCAGGAAUUAUACUAGACCAUCGGUAUCUCUUAUGGUUACUUGUUGUUUGUGUGUUCGUGCAUACUGUAUGCCAUGCAACUAUAUGCUGACGCAGCAUGAUUGCAUACAUUGUGUGUGUGUGUGUGUGUGUGUGUGUGUGUGUGUGUGUGUGUGUGUGUGUGUGUGUGUGUGUGUGUGUGUGUGUGUGUGUGUGUGUGUGUGUGUGUGUGUGUGUGAUAGAUUAUAUGAAUGUAAGGGUGCAUGCAUGCAUAGUUGCAUACCUGUAGAACGAUGUGUUUGUCCUGUGUCUCCGUAUAAAAGAAUGUUUUUGUUCCCUCCACUUGUAUGUGAAUCUGUAGAAAAAUGGAACCGAUGAUUGUAUUUAGAGAAAGACAGGAAGGAGAUGAUGAGCUGUAAGAUGUUUGAAAUCAUGAUGGAAUUUGAAGUUUUAUAAAUGUUUUUAUUUUGAAAUGUAAGAUUUGAACUGUUAGCUAAAGAAGAUAACCCACAAAAGCGACUUUCUGACUUUUACUUGGUGCACUGUUUUCCUCCUCUCUUCAAAGUCUUGUUUCUUCACAAGCUAAAUGAUAUCAUUAGCCGUCAGCUAACACGCUUACGCUAUCUCACCACUAGUAGAGUCCAUUAGCCGUCAGCUAAUGGACCUCAAGACCAGGUGACAGGAAGUGGUAAAAAGCUCACUUAUCUCUGUGUUUUAGGACUCAUUCCUGCAACACUCUGUUUGACUUGAUGUUUGACAGUGGUAAAUUUGGUCCAAAGAAGCCAAAAAUGGUUCACUAAAAUCUGAAAACGUCAGAGUAGCCCUUUAGAAAAGUUACUGAAACUCUUUAACAUGUCUCCAGAUCCUGACAACCCUUCAUGACCACUAACUCAUAGAAAUGCCCUCAAUGUGUGUGUGUGUGUGUGUGUGUGUGUGUGUGUGUGUGUGUGUGUGUGUGUGUGUGUGUGUGUGUGUGUGUGUGUGUGUGUGUGUGUGUGUCACUGUGUUAAUGGUCUCUAUACUGGACCUACCGUCUCUGAUUCCACACGACAGUGGGGGUCGUACAUUGCACAGAGGUCAGUGUGUGAACACAUGUGACUCAGUGUGUUCAACUGAAUGUAUUCGCUCUGUGGCCUGUGUGUGUGUGUGUGUGUGUGUGUGUGUGUGUGUGUGUGUGUGUGUGUGUGUGUGUGUGUGUGUGUGUGUGUGUGUGUGUGUGUGUGUGUGUGUGUGUGUGUGUGUGUGUGUGUGUGCCCUGUUAUGCUGUUGUAUUUUUUAUUUAAACCGUCUUUUUGUUGUGUUGUUUUUAUUUGUUUGUCCGGCUCUUUGUUAAAACCCUGACACAGGGGUUAUAUAAGCUGUGUGUUGAUGCAUGUUGCAGGUCAGGACUUACAAGAACGUAUAAAAGAAUCCAAACAUCUUCGAGAAAACCACAUGUGCAAUACUCUGAAAGACUUUUCAUUUCUUUGUGUUUGUUCGGACGCUUUCCAUGCAACAGGUACACAGAAGACUACUGUACAAACUGUGAAUUAAGGGCACAUAAAGUCAUAACAAAGUUUCCUUCAAAGUGCAAGUAGUGGGAUCUAAAGAUGCAUUAGAAACAGUAGCUGUAAUAACACACUCACUCAUUGACAGCGGUGCAGAUUUAAAGAGGUCCUACAGUGCUUUUUGGGGGAAUCAAUGGUCUGCAGAGGCUAAAAUCCUCAGGCUUCUAUUGGCUCCCGCUCCAACACAUUGUGCAUGAUAGGCUAAGGGGCGGGACAUCUCUAAGCAGGUUGACCAAUCACAAAAGAGCCGGCCAGCUAACCAAUCAGAGCAGACUGGGCUCUGGUUUCAGACAGAGGGUGAAAAGAGAUGCUGCAGCACAGGCAGUAUGAGAAACAUAAAGAGCUUUCUGAACAUUAGAGCACGGAAACGAGCAGAGUAGGGCCCCUCCUUUAACUUCCCCAAACACCACGUCCCCUCUCUCUAUCACGUCUUUUCUCCUGAUGUUUCUCCUGCUGCAACUUUGUUGUUGUUUAUUUAAAAAGGUCCAUCCCUCUACGACCCACAGAGGACUUUCUCUCCUCCAUGCUAAAUGUUAUUUUCAAACCCACAUUCCCUUCAGAUCAAUGCUUAUUGAAGAGCAGACAGAAAAACAAUGUUGGAAUUCAUAUUUAUUGGAGGUUGGAUUUCAUUUGAAGCAGUAUUAUGAUUUCAUCUUCCUCGGGUCGUAUUCAGAAUGUUUGUACAUGUUGUUGUUGUUUUGUAUUUGUGGAGCUUUGUGUGUACAUUUUGCCAUCGGACCUGUGCACUUUUUUGUAUCUGUGUUUGUUUUUAUGUUACGCUGCGUGCCAAAUGUACUGUAUUUGAAAGGAUGUGUAUUUUCAUUUUGGAAAUUAAAAAUCAUGUCAGAAAGAAGA